CUCCUCUCCCCUGGUCCUGCCUCAUCUGCUCCAUUUCCACAUUGAUUCUCUCUCUGUUCUGCUUUCUCCAGGGAGCCCCAUUUCAGAAGCCGACUGCCCCCGGGGUCUUCCCAGGGCACUGGGGAGGGCCGAGGCCGAGGCCGACCAUGCCCAGUCUGCUGCUGCUCGCCGCUGCACUGCUGUCCAGCUGGGCUCAGCUUCCGGCCGAAGCCAGCUCCUGGUGGUCAUUAGCUGUGAACCCGGUGCAGAGACCUGAGGUGUUUAUCAUCGGUGCCCAGCCCGUGUGCAGCCAGCUUCCCGGGCUGUCCCCUGGCCAGAGAAAGCUGUGCCAACUGUACCAGGAGCACAUGGCCUACAUAGGGGAGGGAGCCAAGACAGGCAUCAAGGAAUGCCAGUACCAGUUCCGGCAGAGGCGUUGGAACUGCAGCAUCGUGGACAACAUGUCUGUCUUCGGGAGAGUCAUGCAGAUAGGGAGCCGGGAGACGGCCUUCACCUACGCAGUGAGCGCGGCAGGCGUGGUGAACGCCAUCAGCCGAGCUUGCCGCGAGGGUGAGCUCUCCACGUGUGGCUGCAGCCGGACAGCGCGGCCCAAGGACCUUCCCCGGGACUGGCUGUGGGGCGGCUGCGGGGACAAUGUGGAAUAUGGCUACCGCUUUGCUAAGGAGUUCGUGGAUGCCCGUGAGCGGGAGAAGAACUUUGCCAAGGGGUCGGAGGAGCAGGGCCGAGUACUCAUGAACCUGCAGAACAAUGAGGCGGGUCGGAGGGCUGUGUAUAAGAUGGCAGACGUGGCCUGCAAAUGCCACGGCGUCUCAGGGUCCUGCAGCCUCAAGACGUGCUGGCUGCAGCUGGCCGAGUUCCGCAAGGUGGGGGACCAGCUGAAGGAGAAGUACGACAGCGCGGCCGCCAUGCGCAUCACCCGCAAAGGCAAGCUGGAGCUGGUCAACAGCCGCUUCAACCAGCCCACCCCGGAGGACCUGGUCUACGUGGACCCCAGCCCUGACUACUGCCUGCGCAACGAGACCACAGGCUCCCUGGGCACUCAGGGCCGCCUCUGCAACAAGACCUCGGAGGGCAUGGACGGCUGCGAGCUCAUGUGCUGUGGCCGUGGCUACGACCAGUUCAAGAGUGUCCAGGUGGAGCGCUGUCACUGCAAGUUCCACUGGUGCUGCUUCGUCAAGUGCAGGAAAUGCACUGAGAUCGUCGACCAGUACGUGUGCAAAUAGCCAGCGAGGGCCCACUCCUCUGACCUCGCCUCUGCUCUGCCUCACAAAGUUUAUAUUAUAGAAAUCUAUAUAAAUCUAUUUUAUAUUUGUAUAAAUAAAUGGAUGGAUGAUAAAUAAUUAAAAGAAGAAAAUGGAAAGGAAAAGCUUAUUUAAGAGACGCUGGAGACCUUUGAGGAUUGAACUGUGCUGGUUCUCUACUCUGGGUGGGUGGGGAAAGGGGAUUCUCCCCCUCCCUCUGGUGGGUCGUCGCAGUGGGUAGGGACUCGGGGAUAUUCACUGUCAGGCCACCACGGCCUCGAGGAGACUCAUGGUGGUUACAUGGAGAAGAUGCUUUUGUCUGAAGUCUGGAGUCUUUGCUGGGUGGACAGCCGCCCUGUGACCCCCGUCGUUAGCCAGGAGCCCCUGUGCAAGGUGGCAGAACUCAGCUCAAACCAUCGCAUCCUCAGGGUCUUGUCCAGAAAACCGAUCAUUUCUGUAAGAGGCCCAGGGCUUGCUUACCCUUGGGUUUAUGUGCACCCUUGCAGAAUCCACAGUUACAGGAAUGAGGACAGGUCCCAUGUCAUCUCUGACCGGUGGCCACGAAGUAGACCUGCAUCUCCCCAGACUCCUGGGCCUGACUUUCCAGCGAGAAUUAUUCUCCCUCCACAGUUCACUAGCUCCUGCCACCCAUUCCCUGCGCCGAGGGGAAAGCGAGUCCCUUGGCCUGACUUGUUAGGAGAGAUGUGAACGGAGUAUUUGUGCCACAGCUGCAGAGAGCCAGGAGCGUAACUGGACCAAGCAAACAUUGCACUGUGCUCCCGCAGGGAGGGGCAGCUGGGGUGUUGCUGUCACUUCCUCCAUCACGGGGGCCCCACCAAUGACAGGGCGCGUGGCCAAGUCAGGCUCCGCUGGCCCGGCACCGUCUUUUCAUCUCUGCCCCAGAUGUACAGUUUCUCUCUGAUAUUAAAUACCCUUCA